AUGGAGUUGACAAGAGUGGCCAUCUUGGUUCUGCUUGCAUUUGGAUCGUCUAGUGCCAAAGUUAAGGAGGAGAACCCAGAGUUCUGGAGGUCACAGGCCCAGAAGACUUUGCACUCAGUGCUGGACAGGAAACUCAACACCAAUGUGGCCAAAAACAUCCUGUUUUUCCUUGGAGAUGGCAUGGGAAUCACGACCUACACUGCAGCUCGUAUCCUCAAGGGUCAGCUGCAGAACCAGACUGGAGAGGAGACAGUGAUGACCAUGGACACCUUCCCUAAUGUCGGACUAGCUAAGGUACACACACAUGUUGGCAGAGGCGGCAAGUCUGUCGGCAUCGUAACAACAACGCGGGUGCAGCAUGCCACCCCGGCAACCAGCUACGCUCACAGUGCCAGCAGGAAGUGGUACAGUGAUGCUGACAUGCCUGAUGCUGCCAAGAGGGACGGCUGCACCGACAUCGCCUCCCAGCUCCUCAAAAACACAGACAUAGAUGUGAUCAUUGGUGGAGGUAGAAAGUAUAUGACCCCUAAGGGCACUAAGGACCCAGAAUACCCCAGGGAUUUCUUCUCCAGGGGCAAAAGAAAGGAUGGACGCAACCUCAUCGAUGAGUGGCAGAGCAUGAAAAUUGGAAAGGUAGCCCACUAUGUGUGGAAUAAAACAGAUUUCGAUUCUGUUGACCCUGAAACCACGGACUACCUCAUGGCUCUGUUUGAACCGGGUGACCUGCGCUUUGAGGCGGAGAGGGACCCAAACAUGGACCCAUCCAUUGUCGAGACCACAGAAAAGGCCAUCCGCAUCCUCCAGAAAAACCCUAAAGGCUUCUUCCUGCUAGUGGAGGGCGGGCGUAUUGACCAGGCUCAUCAUGCUGGCCGGGCGUUCAUGGCGCUCCAUGAGACGGUUGCUUUCGACUACGCCAUUGCCAAGGGCCUUGAACUCACCAAAGAGCAGGAAACUCUCACCAUAGUGAUGGCUGACCACUCCCACCCUGUUACCUUCAAUGGAUACCCAUUCCGAGGGCAGAGCAUUCUGGGUAAAUCUCCCCUGUGGGCUACAGACAUGUUGCCUUACACCACGUUGAUGUACGGCAACGGACCGGGACACAAAAUCACCAACGGCAAGCGCCCAGACAUCCGCAAUGUCAACACUAAAACUAAGGACUACGUCCAGCUGUCUGCCGUCCCCACAGAGUCGGCCACCCACAGCGGAGAGGAUGUGGCAGUGCUCGCCCGCGGGCCCAUGGGACACCUCUUCCAGGGCGUCCAAGAGCAGAACUACAUCGCCCACGCCAUGGCCUAUGCUGCCUGCGUGGGCACUGACCAGAGGCACUGCCAGGGGCAAACUGAAGCACCCGUGCUUCACAGCACCCUCACAAAUGACAGGAACGCAGCCGGGGCAGUUCGUGGCUCAAUAGCUUUGCUCGGUAGCCUCCUCAGUGUGCUGCUGGCACACACAGUGCUAGUGUAAGGUCCCAUGUUCUCAGCAAACACUAUUGAUCUCACUUCACUUGUCACAUCAGGGAAGUCAGAGGUCAGGGUCGUAGAGGAGCGGAUACUUCAGCAGGGUGGAUGUGCCACUGUGGCUUCUUGCAGAGCAUCUUUUAGUCACAAACUAAGAUAUGGAGUUUGCCUGCUUUUAACUUGGCUACAAAAUGUGUUAAUGGGAGAAAAUUGACUUCAACAUCUAUUGAAUGUAAAUUCAUCUUAUUUUUACUUUGGCACUUUAUUGAAUCUGUCUCAUAC